AUGUCAUUUUCGGUUUAUGUUGGUGGCUUGAACGAUAGGAUCACCUUGCUAAAACUGAAAUCAAAUUUUGGAAAGGAAGGGCAAGUGAGAGAUGUCUUUCUGCAAUUCAAGAAAAAAUUUCAGCAGCGUUUCCGUUACGGCUUCAUUCGAUUUCAGAAUGAUGGGGAGGCAUGGCAGGCCAUUCGAAUGUUCAAUGGGGUGAGGCUGGAGGGAAAUUAUCUUGUUGUGAAACAGGCACGCAUUAAACAAGCCACCACGAAGGAGAAGAAGGGAACAGCAGAGAGAAAAUCUGUGCAAGCUCAGGUACGUGGAAAAAUAUGGAGGCCAAAGAUUCAGCAUAUUCCAACAUGUCCUGACAAAAAAGAGAUGGCAACAAAGGAAGAGCCUCCUGGCCAUAUAUAUGAGGAUGCACGAUAG